AUGGUGUUGUCAAGUGGUGUUCCAUCAGGGUCAAUGAUUGUGGUAGAUGGUCAGGUAGAGAAUGACGUAGUAAAUGAGGCGGCAUGUGAGACAGCUCAGGUAAAGGGUCUUGGCUUACAGAUGGAUGCUGAAACUGACCCAGAAAUGCCACCUCUGAUGGACAUUGAUGAUGUUCAAGUAGAGGUUCACGCUAAUGAUCAACAACGAGUGUCCUCCCAUUCUGAUUCAGAGGGUAAAAUUUUAUACGGGAAUGUACGAGGUCUUGGGACCUCUAGAAAAAGGUUGUUGAAGAUGGUGAGAUCCAGGAAACCUUGUGUAUUUGCAGUUGCUGAGCCAUUUGUUGAUGGACAGCAUCUUGGUCGUUUGCAGAGUGAUGUUUCUUUUGAAGGUAGUGUCUCGAAUCAAGAGGUAGGGGGUAAACUUUGGGUUUUAUGGUCAAAAAAUGUGAAAGUUUCUGUGCUGAGUUUGUCUUUCCAAAGCAUUACUACAGCAAUAGAGAUGAAUGGGAAAUGCUUGUGGAUUUCUUUUGUGUAUGCAAAAUGUUACUAUGGGGAACGUCGGCAAUUAUGGGAUCAUUUAUGUAACUUACAUACCUCGAAUGUUCCAUGGAUGGUUAUUGGUGAUUUUAAUAUCAUCAAAUCAGAGCAGGAGCGGAUUGGGGGACAUCCUCGUCCUCCUAUUGCAAUGGAGGAAUUUAAUUCUUUCGUUGACAGGGCUGGAUUAUCUGAUUUGGGAGGUAUUUAUUUGGCUAAGUUGUCUUCUGAUCAUGCUCUUUUGCAGGUUGAUUUAAGUCCAGAAAAUAGGAGAUGUAGAACUGGAUCUUUAACUACCAAACUUGAACUAGAUGUGUGGAACACUAGAGAAGAGAUUUGUUUGGCUCAACAAGAAAAGCAAGAGUGGCUUAAUUCGGGAGAAGCAAGCUCAAAAUUCUUUAAGGCCAUGGCUUCGAAUAAUCAUAAAUUGGUGGGGCAGAUGAAAAUUAGCGAAAAUGAAUGGUUGAAAACUCUGGAGGAGGUUCAUACAGGUGCUGUUGACUUUUUUCAGAAUUUUUUGGCCACUAAUCAUCAGUUCCAGCUUCCGGAUUUAUCUUCACUUAUUGAUCUAGUCAUUCAAGAGGAUGACAAUGUCAAUUUGCUAGAACUUCCUUCAAUCCAAGAGGUAAAACAAGCUAUUUUUUCCAUUCUUACUGAUAGUAGUCCGGGCCCUGAUGGGUUCGGAUCAGGGUUUUAUAAAGCCUGCUGGGAUAUUGUUGCCAUGGAUGUGGUGGAUGGAGUACAUGAUUUUUUUGGAGGAGGCAAAAUUCCAAGGGAAUUCACAGCCUCAUUUUUGGUUUUCAUUUCCAAGGAGAUGAUCCAGAACAUUAACAAACCUGUUCGUGGUGGUAAUGUGGUUUUGAAGAUAGACAUGGCUAAAGCCUAUGAUAGUAUGAAUUGGGAUUUCUUGAUCCAUUCCUUGGCUAGUUUUGGUUUCUCGGAGGGAGUUUGUAGUUUGGUGCACCAAUGCAUUUCUUCGCCUUGGUUUUCAGUUGUUAUGAACGGUAUUCUAAAAGGUUUCUUUCAGGGAGGGAGAGGACUGAGACAGGGUGAUCCUUUGUCACCUUAUCUUUUUAUCCUGGGGGAAGAAAUAUUCUCUAGAUUAUUGAAAAAGAGUUUUCAGGAAAGGAGGAUCAUCCCUUUUCAGCAUCCAAGAGGGGCACCUAUUAUUUCACAUUUAUUAUAUGCUAAUGAUAUUGUGAUUUUUGCAAAUGGGGAUAAAAAGUCGAUCCGGGCCAUUUCUGAGGUUCUUACUAUCUAUGAAAAUUGGUCUGGGCAGAGAGUUAACAAAGAGAAGUCAUCCAUUAUUUUCUCGAAGAUUGUUCCUCGUUCUAGGCGAAGAAACAUUUUGAGUAUACUUGGAUUUUCGGAAGGGUUGCUACCUUUCAAAUACUUGGGGGUUCCCAUUGUGUCUGGCAGACUAAAGGCGGUUCAUUUUGAUGAGUUUCUUUGUAAGAUCAGGGAUAAAAUUGGGGGAUGGUCCCUAAAUCUAUCCUAUCCUCUAUAUCCAGAUGUUUUAGCAAUUUUUUUUGGGGAUAUAAAGAUGGUAGACCGAAGAAACAUUGGAAGUCUUGGAGUUCGAUGUGUGUACUUGCAAAAAAGGGCGGAAUUGGCAUUCGAAAUUUAG